AUGGCAGCGCCCGCCGGGGCCGGAGCACUGAUUGCAUCCCCAGACCGCCGGCGCUGUCUGUGGUCGGUGCUGGCGGCGGCGCUCGGGCUCUUGACAUAUGGUGUAUCAGCCUUGGAGGUGUAUACACCAAAAGAAAUCUUCGUGGCAAAUGGGACACAAGGGAAGCUGACAUGCAAGUUCAAGUCUACUAACACAACUGGCACGCUGACCUCAGUCUCCUGGAGUUUCCAGCCAGAGGGGACUGACACCACAGUGUCGUUUUUCCACUACUCCCAAGGGCAAGUGUAUGCUGGGAAUUAUCCACCAUUUAAGGACAGAAUCAGCUGGGCUGGAGACCUUGACAAGAAAGAUGCAUCAAUCAACAUAGAAAAUAUGCAGUUUAUACACAAUGGCACCUACAUCUGUGAUGUCAAAAACCCUCCUGACAUUGUUGUCCAGCCAGGACACAUUAGGCUCUAUGUUGUAGAGAAAGAGAUUUUGCCCGCAUUUCCAGUUUGGGUAGUGGUGGGUAUAGUUACUGCCGUGGUCCUAGGUCUCACUCUGCUUAUCACCAUGAUUCUGGCUGUCCUCUAUAGAAGGAGAAACUCUAAACGGGAUUACGCUGGCUGCAAUACAUCAGAGAAUGUGUCACCAGUUAAGCAUGUUUCACGGAAGUCUCCCCCUGACACAGAGGGUCUAGUAAAGAGCCCACCUUCUGGAUCUCACCAGGGCCCAGUCAUAUAUGCGCAGCUAGACCACUCUGGCGGACAUCACAGUGACAGGAUUAACAAGUCAGAGUCUGUGGUGUACGCAGACAUUCGGAAAAAUUGA